AUGUGGUUGCUGGCUCUAUGUCUAGCCCUGAGCCUGGCAGGGACUGGUGAAAGUCCUCCUAUCCAUGCCCGGAUUGUCGGUGGUUGGGAAUGUGAGAAGAAUUCGAGGCCCUGGCAGGCUCUUCUGUACUUCACCCGUGAGAAGGAGAGUCAUAAAUGUGGAGGUGUCCUUGUGCACCCCCAGUGGGUGCUCACAGCUGCCCACUGCAUUGGAGAAAAGUACCAGGUCUGGCUGGGAGUGCACAAUCGGGCCUUGGACCUACCCAAAAGCCAGCAAGCUCGGGUCAGCGCUAAGUUCCCACACCCUCUCUAUGUGCCCAAAACGUGGACCCCCCUGAAACAAAGCAGGCUGGCAAACUUGACUGUGGAAAGCAGAAUCAUCAGGAGGGACCGAAGUCAUGACCUCAUGUUGCUGCAUCUGGAGAAGCCCAUCCGGCUGACGAACUCAGUGAAGGUCCUGGACCUGCCCACCAGGGAGGCCCCAGUGGGGAGCACCUGCUCGACCUCAGGCUGGGGCCGAACCAACCCAAAUGAAAAAUCCACUGUAGAGAAGCUGCAGUGUGUGGACCUCACUCUUCUGUCCAACGACGUGUGUGCCCGUGCCCACUGGGAUAAGGUCACUGACUUCAUGUUGUGUGCUGGACGCAUGGAAGGCGGCAAGGAUACCUGCGGGGGUGAUUCAGGGGGCCCUCUCAUCUGUGAUGGGGUGUUUCAAGGAAUCACAUCCUGGGGUGGCUGGCCAUGUGCCAAGCCCAAACAGCCCAGCCUCUUCGUCCGAAUAUUGUCCUAUGUCGACUGGAUCCAGAAGACCAUAGCGAAGAACAGUUAA